AUGUCUCACUAUAAUUGCUGUGUUCCUGGCUGUACAAAUAGUUUUAGAAGCGCUUCUCAUUUACACUACUACAGGAUACCGAAAGAUGAGGCUGUUAGAAAAUCCUACAAAGUUAUUUUGAAGAAUGAUAGCCUGAAAUUGAACUCGACAAGUACACGGAUCUGCUCAGAACAUUUUGAAGGUGGUGCGAAACUAAGCCGCACUCAUUUGCCAUCGAUAUUCCCCUGGACAAAGCCAGAAAUCAAAAGAAGAGAACUUAAAAGAGUCAGUUUUGAUAAAAUUAAAGAAAUCGAGGAAGAAAAGAGACAGAGAAGGCUGCUAAAGGAAAACUCAAGUCAGGCUUCUCUGACAGGUGAUCAUGAUGGCGAACGUAACGACACGUUCGAAGUCCUUGCCAUCGAAACACAAACAAAUACGAGCAGUCAAACAUCUCUUACGAGCUUCUUUCGUAGCAGGUCUUAUAAGUUAAAUUGUAACGCCAUAUACGAACCUUGA